AAAGCUUUGUUUACAACAGUUUCACAACAACAACAAUAUUUUCAUGUAUUUUUCUUCGUCUCAUUUUCAUGUUAAAUAAAUAUUAAUUAUCUAAUAUGACACUAACAAAAUUUACCUUAUCGUGGGAUGCGUAUCAGAAGAAUUUCUGCACUGGAUUAGGAUCACUGCAACAAAAUGGAGAGUUUGUGGAUAUGACUCUAGCAGCGGAUGGGCACCAUGUGAGGGUGCAUCAGCUGGUGCUGGCCCUCGCCAGUCCAUACCUCAAGGCGCUCAUUACAUCGAUUGACUGUCCACAUCCUGUUGUAUUUUUGAAUAAAAUAUCAUACAAGACGCUGUGCAACAUCCUGGAGUAUGUCUACACGGGGGAGGUGGUUGUAGCACAAGAAGACAUCAACAGUCUGGUGGAGGCGGGCCAGGCGUUGAGGAUAAAGGGUCUUGAAGAUAUGAAUGUGGGAAAUAUUAUAAACACAUCCCUGGUCCUUCCACAUGUGUCUGUAAAUACUUCACAUACGACAGUGAGUCCUCCACAUGCAACCAAAUCAAAUGGUAGUAUAGACGAUGCUAUGAGUGAUACUGAAAUUCUGCAAGAUGAUAUAUUUCAUUCGGAAAAUGAAAAGGAAAUUGUACCAUCAAAUUCUGUACCAGGCAAUAUUUUGGAAGAAAGUGACAUCAGAGAAUCUACUCAUAAAAUAAGGAAUGAAAAAUUGAUCAGUGAUAAAGAGGGUGUGACGCUACAGUACACGCUGUCCAACCAGGGCUCGUUACAACUCAUAGUGAACCGAUUCAUAUACUACAUGCGCUCCAAGACGCGGUCCUCGCGCCGCCUGUGGCGCUGCGUCGACUACGUCCGCAAACGCUGCCCCGCCUCCAUCACCACCAAAGACAACGUUGUUAUCCAAAGGUCGGCAGCACAUAUACAUCCGUUUCACGACACGAGAAUUCUAAAAAAGGUGCGCAGUGGAGCUGUAUUCACUGCUAUGCCAGAAGCGGUAAAAAAAGGAGAAGAUAUAAAGAAAAAUAAACAUGGCGGCGACACAAAAUCUACAGAGAUGGAUGAAAAUUCGGCAUCUGAAUAGUUUACAAGAUGUUAGAGAAAGCAAGUCGGAUUCUACUGUCUUUCUUGGAGUCACUGUUGAUGGUAAAACGCAGUGGGAGCCUCGCAUUCAAAGCCUUGCAACUACAUGAAGUUCUACAGGGUACGCUGUACGCAGGGUUAAACAGUAUACUAAUAUUCUAUGGAAUAUUAUUAUGGGGUAAAGCAGCCGACAUCUAAAGCAUAUUUGUAUUAUUAAAACUUGCUGUUCACGCAAUUUAUUCUAUGGGAAGUCGUGAAUAAAUAAAAGAGAAAUUUGAAGAAGCAAAUAUUCUCAUCGUAGCUUCACAAUACAUGUACACAAACAUUUUAUAUAUACGCAGGAAUCUUCAACUAUUUCUUAGAAACAGCGAUCUUAAUAAUAUUAACACUAGAUACAAAUACAAACUUGCUGUACCGAAGUAUCGUUUAGAAAAAGUUAAUAGGUCUUUUAUGGGAAUGGGCAUUAAAUGUUAUAAUAUGAUACCGAAGGAUAUUUUGGAUCUGCCUUUUAAUAAAUUUAAAACUGUUAUUAAAAAAACACUUAUGAAACGAAAUCUAUUAUACACUAAACAAUUACCUAAAUGACAAAUGUGCAUGGUGUUAGUUGAUCACGUACGAUCUUUUAACGACCAUGUAAAUUUAGACAUGUCAACAGAUUCAAAAGAGCAAUUGUUGAGUUUCCUGCGGGCUCUUCUCAACAGAUAGCAACUUUCCGAACCCUGCAUUUGUAAACAAGUCUAUUUGAAUAAAGAGGAUUUAAAUUUGAAUUUAGAACGCAAAUAUGAGCAGCGACAAAAUUGAGAGCAGCGUACCGCUAAAAAGGGCGGGAAAUAUUAUUUUUACCCAAAACAAUAAAAUUGCUAGAUAAAUAACUUUUAAUUAAAAGUGCCCGUAACCGGCGAGCGUGUAUGAAAAGAUUGAUGAAUGAUGAAGAAGCGAAAGAGGUUUCUUUGAAUCGAAGCAUUUGGCGUUCUAUUGUUUCUGCCUACCCUAAUGGGAGACAGGCGUGACAGAUAUGUAUAACUUUAAUUCUCUGAAAGAAAAGUGCAAUGAACAAAUGGAGUUAUUUAACUAUUACAAACAAUGAUGCGGGCUGUGAGAUUAAUGUAUUCAGAAAUUUUGACAAAAAUUUUUAAACUCAUGACGGAAGUCACAAAUAAACUAGUCAAUCAUCUAAAACAAAAUAGAAAUUCCCCUGAUCUAGUAAAUCCAGGCAGACAUUCUGUGAAAAUGUUGUUUUCUAAAACUACACUAAAUGUAAAAUAUCAAUAUAGAUAAAGGACGAUGACUACCUACAUCAUAAUAAUAUAUUUUUUUUUACCAAUAAAAUAUUGCCGUUUCUUUGAUACCAAAACCUAAGAAAAUAUAAUUGUGUAAAUAUACAAUAUUUAUUAUAAGUCAACGUCUUUUAAUAGCAGCCGAGUGGCAGCUACAACCACCACCUAAACAGUCCUAUGUUAUCGCUAACUGCUUUGUAAUAAACUUAUAGUUAAACAGUUAUCUGUACUAUUUAAAAGCCUAUUUUAAUUCCUGUAAGCAUGUAUUUGGCAAGGAAUACCACACAUGUUUAGAUUAUACACAGCUUUGGUCUAUAUAAAUGCUUUGAAAAAAGCGGGUCGUCUUUAGUGUUGCCAGAUUGAAAAUUAUUACUUCUGAUUAAAGUAAAUAGUGGAAUGUCAUGACUUAAAAUAUUAGUAUUAAAUAAUCCUUUAUUAUAUUUAACUUUGUUUGUAUAUUUAAUUAUAUUAUUAAUUAAGAAUAAUGCGUAGAUAAAGAAUAAAAAUGCGGUAGAUAAAACAUCAUAAUACUUUCAUAUUGCAAUCAAAAUUAAUAAAAUUUUGAAGUAAAGGUUGAAAUAGCUAUUUGUGGAUCCAAGUAUAUUUUAAAUAUUGACGGAUAUUGUCACUAAAAAUGGUGGCCAUUUGAUAUUUUUUUUUUACUUAACCGCGUUCGUUUAUUACGAAUAUCUUAGAAUCAUUAUAGACUUAAAAUACAUACUGGUGUUGAAUUAAUUAAAAUGCAAGUCCUUUUAAUUUUACGCAAGUUUUUGUAAAUACCUACGUAUGAAAAUGAAAAAUAUGAGUUAAUCAAUUGUAAUUAAAUUACCUAAAUAUUAAAAGUAUUGAAUUAUAUUUUAAGUUAAGUUUAAAUCCUUAAUGAUGUUUUGUUAAUUCUUAUCAAAAUAAACAUUUUUAUUAUUUUAAACAAAA